GCGUCGGACGUUUGUUGGGCGGAAGGUGGACGAGCAGAAAGUGCGUACGGGCUCCAGCACGGGAGGUCUCUCUAGAACGCCAUUCAUCAUCUGGCCACCGCGGUCAGCAGUGCCCUGAGUUUGCCGUGCGCGCAGUCAAUGGUCGCUGAAGAAUCUUAAAAAAUCUUACCUCCAUCAGUGGGCACCAGAGAGCAGCUUAGAAAAGAAAAAGAACUAACCGCGAGUGCGUCUUUGCGUGUGUGUUUGUGUGUCUAAUAUCGAAAAGCAUACCGAAGGAACACGAACUGCGUGCUCAUUUCAUAUACAAUUUGCUUCCGUUCUACGGCGCGGCAUUCAUAUCGUUCCAUUUUCUCUCGGUGAGGCCGAUCACAAGUGAGUCCGGGGCUGCUUCCGGUGCCACCACGCGGUGAAAACUCUUGCGGCGCCACUCUAAAUGGUCUGGUGUGACAAAUCUGGGUCGAUUCCGUGUUCCAUGCGCCCGAACGCCAUCGCGAUGGCGGUCCGGUAGAAUUUCGUCCUUAGAGAGAAAGAGAGCUCGCAGGAGCACGGGAGAGAGUGCAGGUUUGGGGCUGGAUUUUUAUUGUUGUGCCUAAUUUUGUACGCCCAGCAAAGGAUUGCGGAGACACUUUUCAUCGAGCCAACAGCAGCACCGUCCAUCGGCACCCACGAUCCAUUUCCAUCAAGGACAUCAGCACCAAAAACCGAUCCUCGAUGCCAUACAUUCUCAUCCGCGGCAAUCUCGCCUCCUACGGUCAUAAGCAUCCGUUUCGAGUGCUGGUGUCGGGGUUGAAGGCGGCCGACCUCGAGCAGCUGAGCAGAUUCCCGUGCGGUGGUUACAGCGAUGAAUCGACCGUCGUCUAUCUGCAGCAUCCGUGCGUGAUACUGACCGCACUGGAGGUCCUAGGUUACCGAGUGGUUGCUUCCUCGUCGACGGCGGUCAAACAGGACUACAACGAGUACAUGUGGACGAUGCGGAAAGAGUUUAGCGAUCCGGAGCCAUACCUGGACACGUCGGCUUCGCUGUUUGAGCGCGACAAUCUGACCAACAGUGGCCGCGAAGGAAACGGACCAAAGAACACAAGACCAAUCGAUAUGCCCGAAUAAUGGGGCCAGC